GCUUCACUUCCUCCCAACGGACUUCUCAAAGCACGUCCUCACUCCUCACUCUAUAUCUCCUCAGAUCUCUCCCCAAAACCAGAAACCUCCAUAGCCAAUUUCUCCAUUUCUUCACCUAUCAAGAUGCAUUCGUCUCUCUCCUUGUCCUUUUCACAAGCAACGGCGGCAGCCAUUCCGAGACCGAACUUCGCUGUUGAUUCUCUGGUUUUUGCUCAGUCUAAGCCGUUAAACCUCCGUUUCUGUGGACUUCGAAGGGAGGCGUUUGGAUUCUCGCCUCUGACUAAGUCUAGCUCCCUCCGAGUUUGUCUCCCUGCUAGGGGGCAGGCGAGGGGGAAGAUCUCUGCUUCUGUGGCGGAUAAUGGUACUGCUCCGAAGUCGUUUGAUUAUGAUUUGAUCAUCAUUGGAGCUGGAGUUGGUGGCCAUGGAGCUGCUCUGCAUGCUGUCGAGAAGGGUUUGAAAACUGCUAUCAUUGAGGGAGACGUAGUUGGGGGAACAUGUGUAAACAGAGGCUGUGUUCCUUCAAAAGCUCUCCUGGCUGUGAGUGGUAAGAUGCGUGAGCUUCAAAGUGAGCAUCACAUGAAGGCUUUGGGACUGCAGGUUUCAGCCGCUGGAUAUGACAGACAGGGAGUUGCUGAUCAUGCAAAUAAUCUUGCUUCAAAAAUUCGCAGUAAUUUGACUAACUCAAUGAAGGCUCUUGGAGUGGACAUAUUGACUGGUGUUGGUACAAUCUUGGGCCCUCAAAAGGUGAAAUAUGGGAAGGUUGGCUUGCCUGACAAAAUAGUAACUGCCAAAGAUAUAAUCAUUGCCACUGGUUCUGUGCCUUUUGUCCCCAAGGGCAUUGAAGUUGACGGAAAGACUGUUAUCACCAGUGAUCAUGCGCUCAAGUUGGAGUUUGUUCCUGACUGGAUUGCAAUUGUAGGAAGUGGUUAUAUUGGGCUUGAGUUCAGUGAUGUAUAUACUGCACUUGGCAGUGAGGUUACCUUUAUUGAAGCUCUAGAUCAGCUUAUGCCAGGAUUUGACCCUGAGAUUGGAAAACUGGCUCAGAGGGUGCUAAUCAACCCAAGGAAAAUUGACUAUCAUACUGGAGUCUUUGCAAGCAAGAUCACACCUGCAAGAGAUGGGAAACCAGUCACUAUUGAGCUUAUUGAUGCCAAGACUAAGGAACAUAAAGACACCUUGGAGGUAGAUGCAGCAUUAAUUGCUACUGGAAGAGCUCCAUUUACAAAUGGUCUUGGCUUGGAAAAUAUAAAUGUGGUAACCCAAAGAGGUUUUGUGCCAGUUGAUGAGAGAAUGCGAGUAAUUGAUGCAAAUGGCAAUUUGGUUUCUCACUUAUAUUGCAUUGGUGAUGCAAAUGGUAAAAUGAUGCUUGCCCAUGCAGCCAGUGCGCAAGGAAUUUCAGUGGUUGAACAAGUCACUGGAAGAGAUCAUGUGCUAAAUCAUCUAAGCAUCCCAGCAGCUUGUUUCACUCAUCCUGAAAUAAGUAUGGUUGGGUUGACAGAGCCUCAAGCAAGGGAGAAAGCUGAGAUGGAAGGGUUUGAAGUAAGUGUUGCCAAAACAAGUUUCAAGGCUAACACAAAGGCUCUAGCAGAAAAUGAAGGGGAGGGACUUGCUAAGUUGAUAUACAGACCAGAUAAUGGAGAGAUACUUGGAGUCCAUAUAUUUGGGUUGCAUGCAGCAGACCUUAUCCAUGAAGCAUCCAAUGCAAUUGCACUAGGAACACGCAUCCAGGACAUCAAAUUUGCAGUUCAUGCACAUCCUACCUUGUCUGAAGUUCUAGAUGAAUUGUUUAAAUCAGCGAAGGUUCAAGCUCAUGCAUCUACUCCUGUAAGUGAACCAGUCGCAGUCUAAGCUUGUCAUGACUCAAUAGUAUAAAAUUUUUGAAGAACUUUGCUUGUAUUAGGGAGUAUCAAGGAAACAUGCAACCCAAAGUCCGGGACGAAAUCCCAUCAGCUACCCCACAAGAGGAAACAUAGUUAAGAAAUUUUCAUAUAUUUUGAUGAUAGUUGUGCCUGAAAUCUUUUACAGCUUUGUAUCAUGGUUUGUUAAAUUGUUAUCAGAUGCUUUACAGAGAUACUUGUAUUCAUAACCAUUUCAAUUUGGAAGUUCCCACUUCUAGUUUUGACAUUAUUAUUUGAAAUAAAGAGGAAAAAUUCCU